AUGAAUGAAUUGAAAUGCUUGGCGUUUGAUAGAGAUUUGGAUUUUAUUUGUAUAACUGAAUCACAUUUUUCUGGGGAUUAUACUGAUGCUGAAUUAGAUAUUCCUAAUUAUAAUAUUUACAGGAAUGACUUGAAUCCAAGUGGAGAUCUUUGCAUCUAUGUUCACGUAAGGCACACUGUUCAAGUUCUAGUGAAUAAAUCUAUUCGUGAUUUUAUGAGUAUAACAGUAUUCUUGGAUACUGGAAAAUUGCACUUAGUGUGUUUGUAUCGCUCACCAUCUUCAACUGUAGAACAGGAUGUACUUGUGAGAAAUGAAUUGGCUAAGUUACCUUCUACUGAUACUGAUCGAAUUAUACUUUUGGGUGAUUUUAACCUCCCUGAUGUUUGUUGGGUAACUGGCAGUGUUAAAGGCCCUGAUAAUACAACUGAUAGGAAACUCAUUAACCAGCAGGAGUAUUUUGAUUGUAUUGUUGCUAAUGGAUUUUCGUGGCAUAUUACAAAUGAAAUCACUCGUAGGAGGUUUGUUUGUGGGGAGUUGCAGGAGUCUACUUUAGAUCAAAUAUUAACAUCAGAUCCUGAUAUUAUCGAUGACAUUAUUUUUGGUCCUCCUCUUGGACGUAGUGAUCACUUGACAUUGGAGAUUCGCCUUAAGCUAUAUGACGACGCCAGUUACUUGACCUCUGUAAAGUAUAAUUGGUCGAAAUGUGAUAUUGCUAAAGUUGUAUAUUUGGGGCAACAGACGGACUGGUUCUACUCGGGUGUAUUUGAUAAUUCUGUAGAUACACAAAGUCAGGAAUUAUUGAAUAAGAUCCUGAAUAUUGUUGAUAACUCUGUGCCAACUAUUAAGCUAAAAACUACGAAGGAAGGAAUUUCAAUUAAGAAAGCGCCAUGGGAAUGCUCUAGACUUCAGCAUUCUAGGAAAACAAAGGAUAAAGCUUGGCACUGUUUUGAUACGUCCCCCACACAUUACAAUCUUAUGUCUGCUAUUGAGGCUCAAGGUCAAUAUAAGACUAUAGAACGGGAAAGUAAGGAAAGUUAUGAGAUAAAAUUGGCUAAAGGAAUAAAGUACAAUUCUAAGCAGUUCUAUGCAUACUUACGUAGUAAGAAAAAGUCCAAUUCCACUGUGUCUAAGUUGAAAAAGCCUAAUGGAGAAUUUACAACUAGUGUAAAGGAGUCUGCUGAUUUGCUUGUCAAAUCGUUUGCAACUGUUUUUACAAACGAGACUUCACUCACUUGCGAUUGUAACAUGGAUAUUAUCGCUGUUAAACAAAUUGAUCCACUAAUAAUUAGUGACUAUGAUGUGAAAAAUGAGCUGCUGGCUCUAGAUGUCUCAAAGUGUGCUGGGCCAGAUGGAGUUCAUCCAAAAAUUGUUAGAAUUUUAGCGGGAAAUGAUAAUUUUGUGAGUGCCGUAACAGCUUUAUAUAGAUCUAUUUCAGACGUCAGACAAUUCCCAGAAGCUUGGAAGAGAGCAAUUAUAAUUGCAUUACAUAAAAUGGGGCAUUUAGUGAUGCUGGAAAUUAUCGACCAAUUUCUCUAA